AUGCAAAAGAAUACAAGACAAGAAACAUAUAAAAUCGUUAAGACUCGCCCCCCUAAAAGGCAAGGCAAACUUAACUUUAGCAUCAAUUCAGGUGUUUUUACCUGCUCUGAAUGCAAAAAAGAGUUCGAAAAGCCUUGGUUACUGAAAAGGCAUUCGAAGGUUCACCAUAUAAGUAAUCAAAUGGCAACCAAUACUGUACUCAACAAACCCGAGCAGGUCGAAUUGAUAGUCGAGAACACUAUUCUGGAUGCUAAUGCAUUUGAUUACUUGAGUGACGAAGAUGACUCCUCCAGUAUUGGGGAUGAAGAAGACAAUAUUGUAGACGAGGAAAACGAUAUUGUCAAUAAUUUCUUUGAUAUUGAAAUGAACAGUAAUCCAGUUUUCAACGCGUUCUCUGACAUGUUUUCUUCUGCUGCUGCUGCUGAUGAGGUAUCAAUGACUGAUGAUGACUCUGAGAUCCCGGAAGAAGUCUUUGAGACAAUUGGCACUGUAAAUGACUCUACAAGCUGUUAUCCUUUUUGCGAUCUUCAAACUAUGACCCUUUUUGCUUUUAUCAAUGGGGAUAAUGACAUGAUCUCCCAGCAAAUGUUGAAGAAGAUACUGCUUGCGAUGAACUUGAUCAUUAAGAUUCAGCAAGAAACUCUCAUAGGAAGAACAUUUAAGUUACCUUGUUUGGAUGCUCUUUUAAAUUAUCAGGCAAGAAAGAAGUCCAAGAUGCCUGUCUUUCCUUCACAAAGAAUAUCAGUAUCUGGAUCAAACUGGAACGCAUUUACCCACAUUAACCUUCCAUCCAACCACUUGAGAUUUCUUAUGGCAAACCCAAAGAAAUACAAGUUGAUCUCGUCCAUGCCCGAUCGUACCCCAAACCAAUUAAUCUGUUUGGAACAAGGUGAAAAGUGGAGAACACACCAUCUCUUUCAGCAGCCUAUGCACACUGUAAAUGGUAUAGAUAUCUGGUUUGGAAACAUCAUUUACUUGAAGACAAACGAUUGCAGCAUCUGCUUUUUGGUUGAAUCAUUCCACAUGGCAAAUAAAAACAUUUUUGCAAGAGGGUAUCUGAUCAGAGCGAUUUCGAUUAUAUGCUAUGGAGUUGAGGUUGCUGUUACCAAUCUUAGAGUAGAGCAGAUCUCUCACGUUGACACCACUCCUGUUGAAAGAGAUCACUACUAUAGUAUCUCAAGUAGCCUUACCAGAUUGAGUCCUGCUCAUGACUUUCUUCUUUUUGGAGUUCAUCCAAUGAAGAAGCCUAUGCCUCUUUCUGUUUUGCCAGGUAAUGUAGAUUGCGAUGCAGUAUUUUACAAAGUUAGGAUUGUUUCAAUCAUCCUUUUUACAGAUGACACUUCUGGCAAUCGUUCAAAGCAGUACAAUCCGUUUGAAAGCUGGUUAAUGAGAUGCGCUGCCUUGCCUUUUAAGGAUCGAAAUUCGAUAGCAAACAUCCAGUUUCUUUCUACAAUCCCUAAGAAAGAUGGUGCAAAUGGUAUGUCUCUUCUGCCAGCAAUCGUUGAUGACUUUAAGAAACUUGAGAAAGGUGUAAAAAUGUUCUCUGCUGAAGACAAUGAGUAUGUUCUGGUUGUUGCUCCCAUCCUUUGGAUUGAGACUGACAUGCCAUGUCAUUUGGAACUUUGCGGAUUGCUUGGGCCGCCCACCACAUUUCCUUGCAGAAGAUGCUACAUCGAACUUAGACAUGCAAAAGACUUUGUGAAGGACUUGUCCUACUUCUGUGAGUGCCAUGAGAGACGAACUCAAGAGCACUAUGUUCUUGCGAACUCGUCACCUGGCAGAGACACUGAGAUCCCAAAUGCUCCGAAAAUUGGAAUGAACACGCCUGCAAACAAGAUAAGCUUUAGAGAUUGUUUGACUGGCUGCUUAUUAGAAUUGCAGUCGUUUGAUCCAGAAAAGAAUACACCAGUCGAAAUCCUCCACACAAUACUUCUUGGUGUUGCAAAGUAUAUGGUGAUUGACUUGGUUAAGGUCGUGCUUAAGAAUGACACAGCCACAAUAGCAAGACUUUCAGAAUUCUUGACAGAUUACACUAGAGAUUUCAAGGUUCUGCUUCAAAUACUUCCUGUAAUUCUGAUUACAGAAUUCUCUGGAAAUCAUGAGCUAGACCUUGUAAUACCAUGCUUUGUUGAACUUGGCCGAUUGUGUUCUCUGGUAUUCGUUUGUCAGGUGACAUCAGACUUUGAUAACUAUAUUAUCAGAGUAGAUAAUGCAGUGAAGCGCUUGAUCAGAGCAUUGUUUGACUACAAUAAAGAAACCAAGAAUGAGCUCCACAAGGCAUAUUGCACCAAGCCGAAAGGCGAACAGUUCAAUAAGCACAUUCGCAAACAUCUGUUUCAUACGAAUUGCCAAAACACUUCCAGGGAUGUUUGCCUAAAGUUUGCAAAGCAGGUAGCAUUGCAACAUGUAAUUGAUGGCGGGUCGUGGAUUAAUAGCUUUGGCAACCAAGAGAAGUCUGGAACUGGAAUAGAGAGGUUCAUUAAGGACAACAAUGAAUCUUUGUUCUAUUACACCUUCUUUGGCGGCUCGAGAGAGCUAAAGGACAACAACAACACUGGAGAUAUUGAAGAUGACGCCAUCCAAAACAACAGUUUUGGCGCGUUUGUUUUUAAAGAUGAUCCAAUCUCUCGCCCUCGUAUAGGACUUGUCUCAGGCUCUGUUGUUAAGUUUCUUAGCAUUGUUCCUCGUACGGAUAAUGACAGAAACAAUAACUAUGCCAAGGCUGUAAUGACAGGUGAGCAUUCUGAUGUUGCUAACAUGAAUCUUGUCUUGAAAUUAUUGAGGGACCACUGUACAUCUCUUGGCACACCAACACCAGGAGGACCCUGUAGGAGCAGAACUGCUUCUAUGUCUGUGUUGUCUUCUGAGCUCAUCUCAGCAGAAGAGAUUGUUGAUGGCCUUGAGUACAUGAUCUCAUACAAGUUGUGGUAA